AUGCAGUUAUUGAAAUGGCUGAAGUUUGCUGGGCAUCAAAGUACAAGUUUCAGGGAUGUUGCUGAUAGAUUUAAUUUGUCUCUUAGUGCCUUUGAAUCAGUGUUACAAAGAGUCACACAGUUUUUAUAUGAUUUAAGAAAUGAAUUUAUUCGGUAUGAACCCACUGAGGCAGAAAAGCAGAGAGCGCAGAGAUACUAUGUAGAAAAUAAAAAUUUUCCAGGAAUAAUUGGUUCUAUUGAUGGUUCACACAUCCGUAUAGACAAACCUUCUGAAGACCCAGUAGCCUAUAUCAAUAGAAAACAUUAUUUUUCCAUUCACAUGCAGGGAACAGUUAAUGAGCAGAACAAGUUCUUAGAUGUGUUAAUUGGAUAUCCUGGCUCAGUGCAUGAUGCAAGAGUAUUUGCAAAUUCUAGUCUGGCUGAAGACUUACCAGCACUCUGUCACAACGGAAACAUAAUUCUUGGAGACGCUGCAUAUCCAUGCCUUCCUCAAUUAAUUACUCCAUAUCGGGAUAAUGGACAUCUUACACAGGCCCAAAGAAACUUUAAUCGUAUAUAUAGUCAGUGCAGAAUCUCUGUAGAACAUACAUUUGGAGUAUUGAAACAACGUUUCAGGCAAUUAUAUUUCCUUAAGUUGAGGAACAUGCAGUUCAUCGUUAAAUUCAUUUUCGCUUGUUGCGUCCUUCAUAAUAUGGCUGACUUUAAUGAUAUGCAAUACAUGGAAGAACCCGAGGACGACAAUCAUGCUGAUGUAAAUGCACAGGUGUUGUUACCCCAUGUCCUGCCAGAAGAUAGGGAUGAAAAUUUUGUUGAUGAACGACGUGGUUGUGAUCUCAGAGAUGAACUAUGCCGACAAUUGUUCCAAAGACGAUUCAACGUAGAGUAGAGAUAUAUUAAGACAAAUUUUAAUGACUAUAUGAUAUAUAUAUAUAU